AAUCGUUGGUAAAGUCGCACUUUUAUCGGAAUGGCUACGAAACUGUGGUUAGCAAUAAAUCUCUAAGUUUAUCCCUAUUUCCUUUAGAUUUAUUAUUUUAAAAAUGUCUUUCUUGGUUUCCCUUCUUUCGUCAAAACAAUCCACCGAAGCAAUUUCCUCCGAUCAUCUCCUUCAACGCGACAUAAAAGAAAGGUACAAGUCCUUGAUGAAACUGGCUGCAAAAAUUACUUUAGAUCCGAAGCAUCAUCAAUAUCUAUAAUUUUUUUGAAGACAAAGGAUGUUAUAUAGAAUAAAUAUAAUAAUAUUUAUAUAAUCAGGAGAAUUAUGGGGAAAUUCUUGGAAACAUUUACAUUAGUCCCUGUCUGGUAAAAAAAAAAAAAACCUGAUAAUUUUGCAUUCUAAAUGGAUAGAUCUAUAAAGGACUUUUUGACAUCUGAUAUUUGUAAAGGUCAGAGGUGAUGGAAAUAUAUUUUAAAGAAUAUUUGUUACAUAUAAAUUAUAAAAAGAAAAGCAAGUGAAGUAUCCAUAUAUUGUGGCGAAAGAAGGGAAAUGAUGGUGAAAUGAGUUAAAAAGAUUGAUUUUGGUUUUCUUUUCGUUCUGAAGAAAUGGCAAAAAAAUCAGGAAAGACUUUGUAUCAGUGUGAUAUUUGUGAAAAAUCAUUGACUACAAAAAGUCUUCUUACAACUCACAGACGUAUUCAUACGGGAGAGAAACCAUAUCACUGUGAUAUCUGUGGUCGACCAUUCUCUCGAACCGAUGAGCUGCUUAUUCAUAAACGUCACCAUACAGGAGAGAAACCAUAUAGAUGUGAAAUCUGUGGUCAAGCGUUCAUUCGUAAAGAUAUUUUUACCGAACACUGGCGUAUCCACACAGGAGAGAAACCUUAUCGGUGUGAUAUGUGCAGUAAAUCAUUCUCUAAACGUUCCAACUUAGCUGAUCACAAACGCAUUCAUACUGGAGAAAAACCAUUUCAAUGCGAUUUCUGUGGUCGAUCAUUCAAUCAAAGUAAUCAGCUAACUAAACACAAACGUGUUCAUACAGGAGAAAAGCCCUAUCACUGUAAAAUCUGUGACAAAUCAUUUCCGCGAAAUGAUCAGUUAACUGCUCAUAAACAUGUUCAUUCAGGAGAGAAACCAUAUUGGUGUGAUUUUUGUGGUAAAUCAUUCCCUCGAAAUAGUGAAUUGACUGCUCAUAAACGCAUUCAUACUGGAGAAAAAACAUUUCAGUGUAAUUUCUGUGGUCGAUCAUUCAAUCUAAAUUAUCAGCUAACUAGACACAAACGUAUUCAUACAGGAGAAAAGCCUUAUCUCUGUGAUAUCUGUGACCAAUCAUUCUCUCGAAAUGAUGAAUUAACUAUUCACAAACAUGUUCAUACAGGAGAGAAACCGUAUGAGUGUGAUAUCUGUGGUAAAUCAUUCCCACGAAAUAGUGGCUUGACUGCUCAUAAACGCAUUCAUACUGGAGAAAAACGAUUCCAUUGUGAUAUUUGCGGUAAAGCAUUUAAUCAAAGUAAUGUGUUAAAGGGACACAAACGUAUUCAUACUGGGGAAAAACCAUAUCCUUGUGAUAUCUGUGGUAAAUCCUUCUCCCAAAGUACUGCUUUAACUGUCCAUAAACGUAUUCAUACUAAAGAAAAACCAUAUCACUGUGAUAGCUGUGGUAUCUCCUUCUCCCACAGUAAUCGUUUAACUAAGCACAAAUGUAUUUGUACAGUAUAGAAACUAUGUCAUUCUCUCAACCUUUAUAUAUAUUUUCUAAUGAGACAAACCACAUCACUGAUAUGUGUAGUAAUCAUACUCUCUAAAAAGUUCUAUAUAUGUUCGUAUUUAUAUCAGUGUGUGAUGCUAAAUAUAUAUAGAAACCAUAAACUAGAGUAUUUCACUGCACUAUAAGGAGCUAAACGGUUUGUGUGACCUGGUCCCUUCUUGAAAUUAUGGGGUAACUUAAUGGUCAUUUACAAGUGUCAUUGUGGCCUUAAACUUGACCUAAACACAAAGGAUGUGGAAUAAUAUUUUUGCUGUCCUUUGUCAAUGCUGAAAUGUGUUGGACCAUGUUUUCUCAAAUAUUUUGUUAUUUCAAUUGGAAGUCUGAAAUUUCAGAGUUCCCACUGCAUCAUUCUUUCUGAAUAUUCAUAAGAAUUUGAAAUCUAAAUAAAAUUGGUUUACUCUGAAA